UUUUCUUCCAUUGCUUACCCAGCUGCCUUCACUUUGAAAGCUGCAGACAGUCCCUGGGUUUCUUCAGGUAGCACAGAGAGUGGGUAGUUUGGACUUGCUAUUUCCUCUAUCACAACAUACAAAAUGCGUGGACAAAAGCUCGGGACUGUCCUGGCCAUGAACCUCCUUUGGAUGGUAUUUGCUAUGUCGGAAGAUCUGAAAAUUGAGGUUGGCCCAAGUUCCAAGGUCCCUGCUCAGAUUGGUGGUUCCACUAAGCUGACCUGUACUGUGACUGGCUGUGAAUCCCCUGUUUUCUCCUGGAGAACUCAGAUAGACAGCCCCUUGGGGGGAAAGAUGCAAAAUCAAGGGACCACAUCCAUCUUGACCAUGGAUUCAGUUGGUAUUGAGAAUGAUCACUCCUAUCUGUGCACAGCCAAAUGUGGGGGCAAGGAAGUGGAAAGAGGAAUUGUGGUGCAGCUCUAUUCUUUCCCCAGAGAUCCAGAGAUCGAGAUAAGUGGCCCCCUUAUUGUUGGAAGGCCUGUCACUGUCACCUGCAAGGUCCCAAAGGUAUACCCCUCCGAACGACUAGAGAUAGAAUUCUGGAAGGAAGGCUCUCAUCAUCCUGUGGAAUUACACGAAAUUGUGGAGGAUACUGACAGGAAUAACCUGGAGACCAAGGGUUUGAAGAUGACCUUUACCCCAACCAUGGAAGACAUGGGAAAAUCCCUCACCUGUGAGGCCAAGUUACCUAUUGAUGACAUAGAUUUUGAGCCCAAAGAAAGGAGAACUACACAGAUACUUCAGGUGAACAUUGUACCCAAGAACACAAUCAUCUCCAUCACCCCCUCCGACACUGUGCAAGAAGGGGAUUCUGUGACAAUGACCUGUUCCAGCGAGGGCCUGCCACCCCCACAGAUCUUUUGGAGUAAGAAACAGGACAGUGAGGACUCAUUGCCUCUUUCUGAGAAUGCAAUACUCACCUUAGUGGGCAUGAGGAAAGAAGAUUCUGGAACUUACGUGUGUGAAGCGAAGAACCAGUUUGGAAAAAGUAGGAAAGAGGUGGAAGUAACUGUAGUGAAACUUCUUACAGUGGAAAUCUCCCCAGGACCAAAGAUUGCUGCUCAGAUUGGAGAUUCUCUUGUGUUGACCUGCACCACAACAGGCUGUGAGGCUCCCUUUAUCUCCUGGAAAACCCAGAUAGACAGCCCCAGGGGGAAAGUACACAAUGAGGAGACCAAAUCCACCUUGAUCAUGAAUCCUAUUGGCCUUGAGAACGAACAUUUUUAUCUGUGCACAGCAUCAUGUGGGGACAACAAAGUGGAAAAAGGAGUCCAGGUGGAACUUUAUUCUUUCCCUAGAGAUCCUGAGAUUGAGAUGAGUGGCCCCCUUAUCGUUGGAAAGCCUGUCACUGUCACCUGCAAGGUCCCAAAGGUAUACCCCUCAGAACGACUGGAGAUGACAUUCUGGAAGGAAGGUUCUCAUCAUCCUGUGGAAUUACAUGAUAUUGUGGAGAAUGCUGAAGGGAAUAACCUGGAGACCAAGGGUUUGAAGGUGAUCUUUACCCCAACCAUGGAAGACAUGGGAAAAUCCCUCAUUUGUGAGGCCAAGUUACCUAUUGAUGGAAUGGAUUUUGAGCCCAAAGAAAGGAGAACUACACGGAUACUUCAGGUCAACAUGCCUCCCAAAGACACAUGCCUUACAGCUUUCCCUUCUGAUAGUGUCAAGGAAGGAGACUCGAUUAAUAUUUCCUGCACAUCUGGGAAUAUUCCAAAGCCUCAAAUUAUCCUGAGGAAGAAAACAGAGAUGGGAGAUAGAGAGCUUGAGUCUACAGCUGGCAUUUAUAUCAUACAUGCAGCUCAGUUAGAGGAUGCUGGAGUGUAUGAAUGUGAAUCUAAAAAUGAGGGUGGCUCAGAAGUUAAGAGCCUUAUGCUUGAUGUUAAAGUACCUCCUCGAAACACAACAAUAUCCAUCCAUCCAUCUAGAACUGUUCUUGAAGGGGAAAAUGUCACCAUUACAUGUAAAACUUUUAGUCAUCCUCCUGCAGUGAUUGUCCUCAAAAAAGUUGAUGUGGACAAUGAAGUGACUAUGUGUUCAAAGAAUGGAACAUUUACCUUAUAUCACGUCACUCCUGAUGACACAGGGGUAUAUAUAAUUGAUGUUUCCAAUGAGGUUGGAAAUGACUCUGGACAGAUUGAGAUCUCAGUUAUGGAAAUUCCUAAAUAUUUUUCUCCUCAACUUCUUGCACUAUACUGCUUAUCUUCCCUGGUAAUCCCAGCCGCUGGAAUGGUCAUCUACUUUGCAAGAAAAGCCAACCACAAAGGUUCCUACAGCCUGGUAGAUGCCCUGAAAUCAAAAGUGUAGCUGUCGGUUCAACCAAAGACAUUAUUUAUCAGUCGACCCUUGAUUACUGCUCAUCAUUUCACUGGGAAAACAACAUGCUGUGACUUCAGACUUUCCCUCCUGCACGUAGUGAACACAGGGAGAGAAACAUCUGCCUUUUCCUUUUCUUCCUAUAGGCAGGAAGCCAAAGGGAAAGUUACUACCUGUGAAGUAAGGUUUUUCACUGAUCCACUGAAGUCUAAUGAUUGGAGUGGUUCCUCGACAUGUACAUAGAAUAGCAUUUUCUGUACAUAUGUAAAAUAAAUAUCCCUAGUCAACUGAAAAUCAAAAUAACAUCACUUUCCAUCAAGAUCUCCUCCUAGAAGAUUAUAAAACUGAAUACAUUUUAAAGAAUAAUUUAUACCAGUAUCUCUUGGUAGUUUGCCUGGUAAUCUAUUUUUAAAAAAAUUUUUGAUAUGUUUAAUUUUGUAUUAAUAAGAUGUAAUCUUUAUAAUAUCUCCUGAAAAUAAUUUCAUCUUUUGUAAAGAUGGCAAGGUUUCAGACACAGUAUCAUGGAUCAAGAAGCAGCGUUGGAGUCAAGACAACUUGGGUCCAAGUCCUGACUCUGAUAUAUGCUGGUUGUGUGAAUAUGGGCACAUUGCCUAACCUCUCCAUGCCCCAGGGAAUUUUCUAAGAAUAUAAAUUCCAGACAAGUUGCUGGACUGAAUGUGUGGAGGGCAUUUCCACCCCAGGAGUUUCUUAAACUGAUGAAAUCACAGAUCUGGACUCCUCCCCUCAAAAAAAAAAAAGAACCCAAUAGUGAAUCCACUAAGAGGGUUGUAAGUUUUAUUUCGGGUACAAAUAACCAUCAUAGAAGUGGCCAAAGGUGACAUUUCUCUUCUGUGACUUUAAGAUCUUCUAGUAAAUGAGAGUGCAUUUACAGUCCUUUACACACACAUGAGAAAGAGAGAAAAGCCACCAUAAGACCAAUGACAUUAAAUGUGCUGUAGUUUGUGCUCAAUUCAUUAUGGUGGUGAACGGGACUAUUUACUCUAUGCGGUACUGGUGUAAUUAUGAAAAAAAAAUUUAUAAGCAUGACUGUUCUAUCAAGUCCUAGGUGACUUUCUCUGUUAUUUUCAUUUGGCUUCAUUCUGUAAAGUUUCUUUGUACAGUAAAAAGAUAAAUCCUAAAAGUG